UGGCGGCGACCGUCAGUUUUCGCUGAGGAGAAGCACGAAACGGACCCGUUGGCUCUCCCCCCCUCCCCUUCCCCGCCCUGAACUCUCCUGGCUCGCCGGGAAUCAGCCCCUGUGGAGUUUCCCUCCACCCGACGCCGUUUCGUUGGUCCUUGGCUCGGUGGAAGUCACUGCCCUCGAGGAGGAGGCAGCAGCAGCCGCCCUCGCCUCGCCGCCCCCGGUUCGGUGCCCGCGGUCUCGGAGAGGAGGUGCCGCCGCCACCGCCGCUCCCCCCCUCCCGCUGCCCUCGGGCCGGGCUGGGUCGAGCUGCGAUGCCCUCGGACUUCAUCUCAUUGCUCAGCGCGGACCUAGACCUGGAAUCGCCCAAGUCCCUUUACUCGCGAGAUUCUCUGAAGUUACACCCAUCACAGAAUUUUCAUAGAGUUGGACUAUUGGAAGAAUCUGUCUAUGAUCUUCUCCCAAAGGAGUUACAGUUACCUCCAUCUAGUGAAACAUCUGUAGCAUCAAUGAGUCAGACAAGCGGUGGUGAGGCUGGCUCGCCUCCUCCAGCUGUAGUUGCUGCUGAUGCUUCUUCAGCUCCCUCCUCUUCCUCCAUGGGCGGUGCUUGCAGCUCCUUUACCACCUCUUCCAGCCCUACCAUUUAUUCUACCUCAGUCACCGACAGCAAGGCUAUGCAAGUGGAGAGCUGCUCCUCAGCCGUGGGGGUAAGUAACAGAGGGGUAAGUGAAAAGCAGUUAACCAGUAACACAGUUCAGCAGCAUCCAUCAACCCCGAAGAGGCACACAGUUUUGUACAUCUCACCACCACCCGAGGACUUGCUGGAUAACAGUCGGAUGUCCUGCCAGGAUGAGGGGUGUGGAUUGGAAUCUGAGCAGAGCUGCAGUAUGUGGAUGGAGGAUUCCCCCUCCAACUUCAGUAACAUGAGCACCAGUUCCUACAAUGAUAACACUGAGGUACCUCGUAAAUCACGAAAACGAAAUCCAAAGCAGAGGCCGGGGGUCAAACGACGAGAUUGUGAAGAAUCUAAUAUGGAUAUAUUUGAUGCCGACAGUGCCAAAGCACCUCACUAUGUGCUUUCUCAGCUUACCACGGACAACAAAGGCAACUCAAAAGCUGGAAAUGGAACAUUGGACAACCAAAAAGGAACUGGAGUAAAGAAGAGCCCUAUGUUGUGUGGACAGUAUCCAGUUAAAAGUGAAGGAAAGGAGCUGAAGAUAGUUGUACAACCUGAGACCCAGCACCGAGCUCGGUACCUGACUGAGGGAAGUCGUGGCUCAGUAAAAGAUAGAACACAGCAAGGCUUUCCUACAGUAAAGCUGGAAGGCCAUAAUGAACCAGUAGUGUUGCAGGUGUUUGUGGGCAAUGACUCUGGCCGAGUGAAACCACAUGGAUUUUAUCAGGCCUGCAGGGUAACUGGACGAAAUACAACUCCCUGCAAAGAAGUGGACAUUGAAGGCACCACUGUUAUAGAAGUUGGCCUUGAUCCUAGCAACAACAUGACACUUGCUGUGGACUGUGUAGGAAUUUUGAAGUUGAGGAAUGCUGAUGUUGAAGCCAGAAUAGGAAUUGCUGGUUCCAAGAAAAAAAGCACWCGUGCCAGAUUGGUUUUUCGAGUUAAUAUCACAAGGAAAGAUGGCUCUACUUUGACAUUGCAAACACCCUCUUCUCCGAUUUUGUGUACUCAACCAGCAGGAGUGCCAGAGAUCUUAAAAAAAAGCUUACAUAGCUGUUCAGUGAAAGGAGAGGAAGAAGUGUUUUUAAUUGGCAAGAACUUUCUGAAAGGAACUAAAGUUAUUUUCCAAGAAAAUGUUUCUGAUGAAAACUCUUGGAAAUCAGAAGCUGAAAUCGACAUGGAAUUGUUUCAUCAGAACCAUCUUAUUGUGAAGGUUCCCCCAUAUCAUGACCAACAUAUAACUUUGCCGGUAUCGGUGGGGAUAUAUGUAGUGACCAAUGCUGGAAGAUCCCAUGAUGUUCAGCCAUUCACCUACACUCCAGAUCCAGCAGCUGGUGCUUUGAAUGUAAAUGUGAAGAAAGAAAUAUCUAGUCCAGCAAGACCUUGCUCUUUUGAAGAGGCCAUGAAAGCAAUGAAAACUACUGGAUGUAACUUAGAUAAGGUAAAUAUUCUUCCCAAUGCCCUCAUCACUCCACUUAUUUCGAGCAGUAUGAUUAAGAGUGAAGAUGUUACUCCAAUGGAAGUAACAGCAGAAAAAAGAUCUUCCCCUAUUUUUAAGACUACAAAGACAGUUGGAUCAACUCAGCAAACUUUAGAAAACAUCUCUAACAUAGCAGGAAAUGGGUCCUUUUCAUCACCAUCAUCUUCUCACUUACCCUCUGAAAAUGAAAAGCAGCAGCUUCAACCCAAGGCAUACAACCCAGAGAGCCUGACAACUAUCCAAACACAGGACAUCUCACAGCCUGGGACCUUUCCAGCAGUUUCUGCAACUAGUCAGUUGCCCAGCAGUGAUGCACUACUACAGCAGGCUACGCAAUUUCAAACAAGAGAAACUCAGUCUAGAGAAGUAUUACAGUCAGAUGGUACAGUAGUUAAUUUGUCACAACUCACUGAGGGGUCACAGCAACAGCAGCAGUCACCACUGCAAGAACAAGCACAGACUUUACAGCAGCAGAUUUCAUCAAAUAUUUUUCCAUCACCAAAUAGUGUGAGUCAGCUACAGAAUACUAUUCAGCAGUUGCAAGCAGGAAGUUUUACAGGAAGUACUACUAGUGGCAGCAGUGGAAGUGUUGACUUGGUCCAACAAGUUUUAGAGGCACAACAACAGUUAUCUUCAGUUUUAUUUUCAGCUCCAGAUGGUAAUGAGAAUGUUCAAGAACAACUUAGUGCAGACAUUUUUCAACAAGUCAGUCAAAUUCAAAAUAGUGUAAGCCCUGGCAUGUUUGCCUCAACCGAGUCCGCAGUCCACACCAGACCAGAUAAUUUAAUACCUGGAAGAGCUGAAAGUGUUCAUCCACAGACUGAAAACACAUUGUCAAAUCAACAACAGCAACAACAGCAACAACAAGUGAUGGAAUCAUCAGCUGCAAUGGUUAUGGAGAUGCAGCAGAGUAUUUGCCAGGCAGCUGCCCAAAUUCAGUCAGAGUUAUUCCCUUCAACAGCUUCAGCAAAUGGAAACCUUCAACAGUCACCAGUUUACCAGCAGCCUUCUCAUAUGAUGAGUGCACUACCUACCAAUGAGGACAUGCAAAUGCAAUGUGAAUUGUUUUCUUCGCCUCCUGCAGUUUCUGGAAAUGAAACAUCUACAACCACCACACAGCAGGUUGCAACCCCUGGCACUACCAUGUUUCAGACAUCAAGUUCAGGAGAUGGUGAAGAAACUGGAGCACAAACAAAACAGAUUCAGAACAGUGUCUUUCAGACCAUGGUCCAAAUGCAACAUAGCGGGGACAAUCAACCUCAAGUUAACCUUUUUUCAUCAACAAAAAGUAUGAUGAGUGUUCAGAAUAGUAGUACCCAGCAACAAGGUAAUGGUUUAUUCCAGCAAGGGAGUGAGAUGAUGUCACUUCAGUCUGGGAAUUUUCUGCAGCAGUCUUCUCAUUCACAGGCUCAACUUUUUCAUCCUCAGAAUCCUAUUGGUGAUGCUCAAAACCUUUCCCAGGAAACUCAAGGUUCUAUUUUUCAUAGUCCAAAUCCUAUUGUCCACAGUCAAACUUCUACAACUUCCUCUGAACAAAUGCAGUCUCCAAUGUUUCACUCUCAGAGUACCAUCGCUGUGUUACAGGGUUCUUCAGUUGCACAAGACCAGCAGCCACCCAACAUAUUUCUUUCCCAAAGUUCUAUGAAUAAUCUUCAGUCUAACACAGUAUCCCAAGAAGAGCAGAUUUCAUUUUUUGCAGCACAGAACUCAAUUUCUCCACUUCAGUCAACAUCAAACACUGAACAGCAAGCUGCUUUCCAACAGCAGGCUUCAAUAUCACAUAUCCAGACCCCUAUGCUAUCCCAAGAACAGGCACAACCUUCCCAGCAAGGUUUAUUUCAGCCUCAGGUGUCCUUGGGCUCCCUUCCACCUAAUCCAAUGCCUCAAAAUCAACAAGGAGCAAUUUUCCAGUCACAGCACUCAAUAGUUGCCAUGCAGAAUAACUCUUCAUCCCAGGAGCAGCAGCAGCAGCAGCAGCAGCAGCAGCARCAACAGCAACAGCAGCAGCAACAGCAGCAGAGCAUUUUAUUCAGUAAUCAGAAUACUAUGGCUACGAUAGCAUCUCAAAAGCAACCACCACCAAACAUGAUAUUCAGCCCAAAUCAAAAUCCAAUGGCUAGUCAAGAGCAACAGAGUCAGUCAAUUUUUCACCAACAAAGUAAUAUGGCCCCAAUGAAUCAAGAACAGCAACCCAUGCAAUUUCAGAAUCAGCCCACAGUUUCCUCACUUCAGAACCCAGGUCCUAACCAAUCUGAGUCAUCACAGACUUCCUUAUUCCAUAGCUCUCCUCAGAUUCAGUUGGUACAAGGGUCACCUAGUUCUCAAGAGCAGCAAGUAACACUCUUCCUCUCUCCAGCAUCCAUGUCUGCACUGCAGACCAGUAUAAAUCAACAAGAAAUGCAACAGUCUCCUCUUUAUUCCCCUCAGAACAACAUGCCUGGAAUCCAAGGAGCCACAUCUUCACCUCAGUCACAAGCUACUUUAUUUCACAAUACUGCAGGAGGUACAAUGAACCAACUACAGAAUUCUCCUGGCUCAUCUCAGCAGACUUCAGGAAUGUUCCUGUUUGGCAUUCAGAAUAACUGUAGUCAGCUUUUAACCUCUGGACCAGCUACAUUGCCAGAUCAGUUGAUGGCCAUAAGUCAGCCAGGCCAACCACAAAACGAGGGACAGUCACCUGUGACAACACUUCUUUCUCAGCAAAUGCCAGAGAGUUCUCCGCUGGCAUCUUCUAUGAACACCAACCAGAACAUCGAAAAGAUUGAUUUGCUUGUUUCAUUACAAAACCAAGGGAACAACUUGACUGGCUCCUUUUAACUGGAUAUAUAUUCCAUGAAGAUUACCGUGAUUCCAAGAUGUCCUGCAAACUUGUAGUUUUAUGAAGAUUACUAAAACAAAACAAUAUGAAAAAUUGUACUUGAGUAAAUGGAUAGAUUUUACUCUGACUGCAAAAGAGCACACCUGUGCUACCUGUUGCAGUGAUUAGCCAUCAAUGUUAACAUCUUAUUUUUUAUUCCUGAUAACAAUGAUGACUGAGAAUCUAUUUGAGUUUCCAGCUGACAGAAUUGUUAUUUUCCUAGUUGUAAUUUCUCUUAAAAGAGUACAAUUUAAAUUCAAGACUGGACCACUCAGUUAUUAUUGCUAUUAGGAAAUAAUAAUUGUCAUGUUUACUUUUAUUCUUCAUUAUUUUCUUUCCUGCAUUAUUUUAGUGAAGUAAUGGCUUAUAAAAAAGUAAAAUUCAAUAAUAAUAAAGGCUGUGAUUUUUUUCAGUAUGAAAAGCACAGCCGUUGGCCAAAGUGAAGAAAUCUUUUUCAGUUUUUAUGGAGAAACUGAAGGGGUAACAUUCUGACAAGUGAGCUGAAAUAAAAAUUCUACAGACUUGAUUAAAUGCAAAGGCAGAUAACACACAAAAAUGGAAACAGCUGGAAUGCUAUUGGUUUUAUUUUUCAAAGAGUUGUUAGUUCUCUGUGUUUCCACUAAGGGGUUUAGCCAUAACUGUAUAGAAAAAUCAUUAUUUUGCUCUGUGAGAAAUGAAGGGGGUAAUACAUGGUAAAUUAUAUUCUAAUAUCCUCCUACAGGAGUUUAAACUGACAGAGUCAUCUGAGUCUGUUUCUUCUUAAUCCAGUCUUUGGCUGGUAUUUCCUUUUUAUAUGCAUCUGUAUUAUUUUCCACCUCAUUUUUCACUUUAUUUUAAUAACUGUUAAUACACUACUGGCUUUGUGACCCUGUAGCAACUUAAAGGAAAAGGCCAUUUUGAUUCAGGGUGACCUAGCAAUCCUGCAGCACAGGGCAAGGAGUCCUCUUUUAGGAAUUAUUGGAAGUUGAUUCCUGAGAAAACAAUGUAUUUUUUUUUCCAUGAACGGUGCUGUUCUGAAGUCUUUAAAAUUUUCCUUCUAAUAGAAAACAGAAUAAAUUUUCAUUUACAAAAAAAAAAGGCAAACUAAAAUUUCUUGAAACGUUACUUCUCCCUGAGCUGCAGUGAGUAUAAUUCACUUGUCACCUCAGUGCUUUAUAGUUUGAAAUGGUCACUUACCUGAUGGUUCCCACAAGCCUUAGGCUUUACAGGGUCAUAUCAUUGACUUAAAGUGAAGAAUUAACUCGUGUUACAUCUAUAAAGAGCAAAAUAACACACUCCAGAACUUGCAGUUGUAGCAUUAGUUACACAGUUUUGGGUGUUCUUGCCACCCAUGGGAUGCCUGCUUCUACCACCUGUGUCUGGACACCUGCUUAUGUCUCAUCUUCCUUUUGGCUUGUGGAAAGCUGUCAAUGCAGUGUAAGGCCAACGUGUGUGUGGCUUCUGUGUGUUGAUAUCCUUGUCCCUUUCUUUUAAGUGUAAAAAAAAAAAAUAGCCUGUUAAUUGUUGUUAAA